UGAACUUAGCAUGCAAAAAACUCCUAAACCCCACGCAAACACGGAGAGCUGAUCCACGGGAGGCACGCGCCAGGAAUUUUGCGCGUUUUGGGGCAAACGCAUGGUUGUUUGGGAUUAUUUAUAAGAAUAUUCCGGGCCUGUACUUGAGUUUAGAGGAAAACUUUGUUUUGGGGGACCACUGUAUUUCUUUUGCACCCCUUACGUCCACGCACGAGACUGUGUGUGUUGGUUGUUUAGCUUCACAGCGGUUAAGCUCGUGGACAGGAGUGAUCCAGUAGCUGAGUGUGUCAGAGGGGUCAGACUCACCUGUGAGACACACCUGAGAGGGAGACAGGUAGAGAGAAAGAGAGAGAUGUACACAGCAGUCCUGCUCUCCUCCUCCCUGUUCCUUCUGCAUGUGACCUGUACACCUCAGUUUCACAGUCACCAUGGGAGGAGAGUGUGUAUUGGAGAUGCAUGGAGUCGUCAUGUGUCUUAUAGCACAGAGACAUUUCUACAACCAGUACACAAACCCUACAUCACCAUGUGCCAAAGUCAACGUCUGUGUAGCACUUACAAGACAAUUUACAGGGUUUCUUACAGGCAGGUGAGCAGAGCAGUUCCUAAUGUACACAUUUACCCAGAGUGCUGUCCGGGAUGGAGACGUAUGCAUUCGCAUAACUGUAAUCAAGCGGUGUGUGAGCAGUCUUGUGUAAAUGGAGGGUCGUGUGUAAGGCCUAAUCAUUGUGCGUGUCCAAAAGGAUGGACAGGGCGAGACUGCCAAACAGAUGUGGAUGAGUGUAAGGAAGGUCAUCGCUGCUCACAGAAAUGUGUGAAUACGGUAGGGAGUUAUCGGUGUGUGUGUGAGGAUGGAUUCAGUCUGGCUGAAGAUGAACUGACGUGUUUGAGAAUUCCUCCUCCAACUCCCACACCUGCUAGUCCUCCUAAAGCAGAUGAUCACUCGUCCAACAGAGAUGAUGGUAAAGAUUUGGGAUUGGUGGAAAACGUAACAGAAGAGGUUCAGAUCCUAAAGAAUAGAGUCGAGCUACUAGAACAGAAACUAGAGAUGGUUCUGGCUCCGUUUAACACUCUCUUCCACGUGGACAGUGUCGGGGGUGGAGGAGACACGAACAGCUUCCUGUCCGACAGGACCAACUUCCUCUCGCAUUCUCUGCAGCAACUUGACCGCAUCGACUCGCUCAGUGAGCAGGUCGGAUUUCUGGAGGAACGUAUAGGAACCUGUGCCUGCCAGGAAAACUAGAUCACUCAAAGAUGGGCUGGAUCCUCUUGAUGGCACAAGUGAAAACAAUAAUCAACAACCACAACACUGAUCAAAGAGUCUAAAUCAUGUACUUUAAAUCAAUUCAACAAGAAUGUAGGGGAACAUUGUAAAAGACACAAUUUUGGAAUGAAUUUUUGGGAGAAUGACCUGGUGCUUUAAUCGUUUAGGAACUGAUUUGUAUUUCUUUUCUUUGUGUAAGUGCAGCUAUAUGGUCAGGAGAAAUGUACAUUUAUAUAUUUAUAAUUCCAUGUUCUUCUCCUAAGUAUCUAUUUUGAAACAGAAAAAAAAAGACGUUUACCUUUUUUGUAAUUUUUACCUUAAAUUUUUUUGUAAUAAAAGUACUUACAAUUGAA